AGAUACUUACACAGACAUAGACAUAGACAGACACUUGCAUAAACACACAGGCACGGGUUGACAUUUACACAAAACACACAAACAGACACAGAGACAGACAGACAGACAGACAGACAGACAGAGGGACUAUAGCACACAUCUCUUGUUUCUCCUUCUCCGUCUCUUGGUCAGUUGAGUAGCUGCAGUAAUACAAUACAUUAACUAACACCUUCUCUCCACCACUACCACUACCACCACCACCACCACCACCACCACCAGCUUAUCUUAUAUACCCCGGUUACGUUUUAAUUUAUUCAGCUUUAAGUUCUUUCUCACUAACCAUCACCAACACAGUUAAAACAGUCCCUUAACUCCUCUCUAUCUCUCUCUUUCUCUCACCAAAACAAACAUAUAAUUCAAGGCAAACCAAACAAAACCAAAACAAACACACACAAACACACACAUACCAUGAGCACAAACAUCGUCUAGAACAACAUUAUGACCAGAAACUCUACCACAAACGGUCGACCGUCCACCAUGUCCUCUUCCAAUGGGAGUGGCGGGAAGGCAGAGAGCAAAAUGUCCUCCUCCUCCUCCUCCUCCUCCUCCUCCUCCAGCACGGGCGGCCUCAACAAGAAAAAACAAAAGAAAUUCGGUGUCUUCAAAACAAGCUUACCGCGGAACCUGAAGGAGAACUCAAGGGCAGAGCUCCUCAGUCCCUGUAGUGAUGAGGUUCCUUCGCCUAAGGAUGUCAGUAGUGGAGUCCUUUCCAUCCCUACUUCGACGUCCUCGCCCUCCCCGACGGCCUUCCUACCAGAAGCCUUCCUGACAGAUACCUCCUGCAGUUCCUCCAGCGCUAGAGGGAAGGACUUGGCCUGUUGUAAUGGCACUACCCACAGCGGCGUCAAGGUCGUUAGAACACACAGGUUUAGAAGAUGGGAAGAACGGCUCUUGUGUGGGACUGUGUUAUUUCUACUGAUGGUGUGUUGCAGCCUGGUUACCUACAUCAUAUUAGACAAGUUCCAGGAAGUUCCAGUGCCCCGGCCGGAAGUAUGCACGACCCCGGAGUGCUUAAGGGCUGCUUCCCGCCUGCUGGAUCGCAUGGACCGGACAGUUUCCCCCUGCAGUGACUUCUACCAAUUCGCCUGCGGGAAUUACCUGCACGAGAACGUUGUACCUGACGAUGCCCUCUACCGCUCAGCCAUGCAGGAGAUGCAGGAAGAUGUCCUCGUUAUUAUUAAAAAAAUGCUGGAUUUGCCUCACGGGGACAACGACACAGAUGCCUUCGGUAAAGCCAAGAGACUCUACCAUUCCUGUAUGAACACGAGCUUUACCGUGCACGAGAAGGACAUGGCAGACUCGCCUAUCUUCAACCUCCUGACGGCGGAGCAGCUGGGGCAAUGGCCGAUGUUGUCUCCUGACGGCUGGGACGAGAGUCAGUACAACUUGGAGCGGCUGUUGGCUCAGCUCACACUCUACCAGGUCCACACCUUCCUUGAGUCUUACAUCACUCCUGACGAGAGGAACUCCAGUGUGUACACGCUGCAGUUCUUCAAGGGGACACCGGCGCUGGCGAGGAAUUACUACUUGAACUCGUCCAAUGAGGAGUACGCCGGGUAUAUGUCCGCCUACCGCGCCUUGAUGGAGGAGACGGCCCUCGACCUGUCAUCAGGCCUCGCCCUCAACACCUCCCACGUCGACGAGUUGAUAGCCUUCGAGACCAAGUUUGCCAUGAUCUCAGACAGUCGGUCAUGUGGGAACGGGGCCGAGGGUGGCAACAUGACAGACUCAAUGGUGGAGGAGGAAGAGGCAUCUGGCAGGAUGACCGUGUCACAGCUAGAGCAGUUGGUUCCUGAGAUCGCGUGGAGUCGCAUGCUGAGAUACACCUUGGAGGAGUAUGACCUGGAACUGGAUGUGGAGUCACUAAUUAUCACUCUCCACUGCAAUGCUUAUGUUCCUGACCUGGUGAAGCUGCUCUCUAACACACCCAAGAGGGUGAUCGUGAACUACUUGUUGUGGAGGUUCGUGCUCCGCUACAUGCCCUAUAUCAGCAACUACUUCCAGCAGCUCUGGCAACAGUUCAGGAGUGAGGUACCGGACCCAUUCGAGGACCGGACGUAUCUGAGUCGCUGGAAGGAAUGUGCCGCCGUCGUCAAUGAAGGCUUCGGUGCCGCUCUAGCCAGGAUGUAUGUUGAGCAGCACUAUGACCACCGCAUCUCUGAGAAGAUUGAUAACCUGGUAGAGGAGGUCCGCGCAGCCUUCCACAUCGUGAUUGAUCGACAGGAUUGGCUGGAGCAGGAGAUGAAACAGGUGUGCAAUGACAAGCUAGAUAUAAUGGGAAAGAAGAUCGGCUACCCAGAGUACAUUGAAUCAACAGAGCUCCUGGAUGCUGAGUUUGAGGGGCUGGAGAUUCUCGAGGACCACUUCCUGAACAACAUCUUGAGGAUGAAGAAGCACGAGGUGUGGAAGGAACUACAGAAGCUUUCCCGACCAGUCGACAAGAAGAGAGACUGGUUGAUACAGCCCUUGGUGGUCAAUGCCUUCCACAACCCUGCAGCCAACGAAAUCAUCUUACCACUUGGUAUCUUACGAGAGCCUUUCUACAACCCGGGAUAUCCCAUGUACCUCAACUACGGCAGUCUUGGAGUGGUGGUGGGACACGAGCUGGUCCACGGCUUCGACAACCAUGGUAAGAGAUACGACAAGCACGGGAAUGUGUCUCAGUGGUGGAGCGAGGAGAUGGCAGAACAGUUCACCGAAAGGGCUGCCUGUUUCGUUGAACAGUACAGCCAAUACCCUAUCGAGAUGGUGGGCAAGAAUGAUCCAUCUUCCGGCCAGGUUGAUGGCAACGAGACACUCGGGGAUAACAUCUGCGAUAAUGCAGGAGUACUUAAUGCUUGGUUGGCGUACACCCGCUGGAGGGAGAAGAACGGAGAAGAACCUUAUCUGCCCGGCAUGAACUACACAGUCCCACAGAUAUUCUUCAUCACUUUUGCCCAGAUCUGGUGUGAGGUGGUGAGCAAGGAAGGCUAUGAGAAGUACAGCAAGGACAUGCACAGCCCGGGGGUCUACAGAGCUAAUGUUGUUGCACAAAAUUCCCAAUUCUUUGCUGACACUUGGGACUGUCCAAUUGGCUCCCCCAUGAACCCAGGGAAGAAGUGCCACCUCUGGGUUUAGAAUGGAGAAUUUCAGUGAGAGACAGAUUGUCAGCUAGCAACAAACUGUCUGCCAGUGACACACUGCCAGCAAGAGACAAGUGUUAUCUUUGGAUAAAGGUGUGAGAAAGUACUUGAUGGAUGUGCCAGUUUGAUAUAUGUCAACAAAAAUAUCAGGUACAGGGAAGCCAUUACUAAGCAGAGAUAGGAAAGAUGUUCCCUGUAAGAAAUGUUGUUCAUCUAUGUAGACAACAGUUACAGAUAAUGUUUAAACAAAAGAUGUCAUCUUUGGUGUAAAAAGGAGUGUCAGAUGUAAGAAGUGGCAUUGUAGGGUGACUGGCAGGGUACAAACAAAUAAGAAAGUGACACCAAGAUCAAGAUGUCUGCCAGUUGGGCUCAGAAAUGUCGGUUAUGGCUUCCUUAUUGAGAAGUGCUGACAUAAAGAAGUAUAUCCAUCGUCAACAUUAUGAACAGUGGGAGGUUCAUCUGAUCGUGUGGCUGGUAACAAAGGCAUAGUUAAUUUUAUUAGCAAUUGAGUCUUUUUGUAAAUAAAAUUAGUCUCUGAAGACUCCUUUGUUGAAAAGAUUGACGUUGUGGCCCUACCUUGUUGUAUCGGCUCUUGUUGUAUAUAUUGGCUCUCAUAGAAAUAAGAGUAACUUAAGAUACUCAGGAGCCAGCCAGAGAUGGCCAUCACUUGUGUGGACAUUAUUUGUUGUAGCUGUGUCUUGAAGUAGAGACGCCAUUCUCAAGGUCACCUGCCAACCUGAGGUCUUCCUCAUCAACUGUAUUAGCAAGUUAUCCUCGUCGGACAACAUGUGCCAAGAAGUCAACUCCCCCAAACAACAGUGCCAAGAAUUAAUCUUCCUUGUACAACAGUGCCAAGAAGUAGUUUUCCUGAUACAAAAGUACUAAGAAGUACUCUUGGUGUAGACAGCAGUGGCAGCAAGAAGUAAUGCUCCCUGACAUAACAGUAACAAAAACUAGUCAUCCCAGGACAAGUGUAGAAUGAAGUUAUCCCAUGAACCAAUAUUUCUAUUCAGAAAUCCUACCAGAGAAUGCCAUUGUACUCCAGAAUUGUAAAUUGGCCUUACUGUCUGCUGGGUGAAAGAUUCCCAAACUAAAUAAUUUUACGUAUCUUUGUAUUUUCACCUCAUCACCAGUGUGUUCUGAGCAGCUGAGAGACUGGGUGUUGUCUGCUCCUGCACACAUUUUGGAGGACAUAUCCCAAGAUUUGAAAGAAAAAUGUGUAGAGAAAGCUCCUCCCACCAUGCAGUUCUAAUGGGUGAUGUGCGAUUCAAACCCAUCGCUACCUGUUUCCACGUACUGUAGAUACGCCUCUUGAAAAUUUUCUGAAAGAAAGUCACGAGACAGCUCCUCCCAAUCAACCAUUAUGUACGGAUGAAAUGGGACUCAUACUUAUGUGUAUGGACACCAGUUUAGAGGACAUUUCUUUUGAAUAUUUUCAAGAUGACAGCAGUGAAAUGCUUUGAAUGAGCACAGGACUCACCAGUGUUUUAAACCGAGUGAUUGUGAUUAUACUUAUGGGAUAUAAUGUCCCUCUGACCCCAAGUCUGAGCACAUAACAUAAUAAACCAUGAAUAAUGUUUCACAGUGAAGGAACAGCAGCGAUGUGAUGGUGAGGAAUGGAAACUUUGAUGUAAGUGUAGUGUUUUUGUCAGUGCAAAUCAUGAUACUUAUUAUGGGUAAAGUUAAAGAGAUAUUAUUUGUAAAGAAGUGUUUGCAACCAAAUAUUUGUGAUGUACACUUACUUCCUAUUACAGUAAUGCAUUAUCAAAUUUUUAACAACAAACUGCGCUAAAAGAAGAGCUGUAUGAACAUUAUCAGCAAGGCGUCGGAAAUAACACUGGUUGAGAGUGAGUGAGUACAGACACCGGGCGGUCAGUGGACACGGUAUCUAAGAGUGCAGUGAUGUACAAUGGGCUGUCACACAUCAUCAACGUCUGAUUUGCCUUUAAACAUUCAAGGACUAAUUAUUCAUGUCAUAACUGGAUGGUGAACUUUGGCAUAUUGAUACACACAAGUAGAACUUUUGUCUAUGGUCAUAUGGAAGUUAGAAGAUUAUAAUUAUUUGUAGAUGCAAGACAAUGGAAAAUCCUUUCAUGUAUAGUCGAGAGGAAAGUUGAAUCUCUCAUGCAUAAUGAAGGAGUCGGUUCAAAAAGUCACAGUACCACACUUAUCACUUUUAAACUAAUCAGUCUUUGAUAAACCUCUCUAAAUUAACUCUCACACAUUUAACACCUGAUGGAGCAGCCGUGGUUUGAAACUAUUUGCAGAGGCUCCCAAAAAAUCGUACUGGUACAGUAUUUCUUCAAGCUGGUUUCCCCUAAAAAUUGAAUUCAUGAUUCUUCCUGCAAAUGACUUCUGCUGCAAGGAUUACCUGUCACUAAACAAACCAUGCGUACUCCUCUAGUCACACUGUAUAUUACCUUGAUCCUGCAGUCUCGGUACUUUUAUAUGACAACUCACUGAGAAAAAGAUAUUUUCUCGUCUGCUGUAGCCUCCUAGCUCAGAGCAUGAGUGUACUCCUUAAAUAUCACUAAAAGGACAAUCUGUGCUAGAUUGUUGCUGGUAGUCAAGAAAGGAUAUUUUCAUAAUGUAAAUGUGGGUACGGUGUACUAACAAACAUGCACAUUUGCGGUACAUAUAACUACUGUACUGUACUAUGACUUUGUUAUGGCUCACACCACAACCUUCGUCACCCAUAAGAAUUUUGAACUUAUAUUUAAAAUUUGUUUCAUUUGGGAUGCUAAUGAAUCCACUUAGUGUAUAUUUCUUAAUUAUCCAGAACAAAACUAUUCAAUUAUUGUUCUAUAAAAGUCUAUACAGUACAGCAUAGUACCGUACAGGUACUUGUAUUAUGAAAUAUGUGGGUUCCAGAAGUACAGUAUUAGAUUCUCACAUUGGGAAAGAACAUCUAUUAUCUGUACCACAAUUCUUGGGGCAUGAUUCGCCACAAUAAAAGACCAUUUAAUGUUAUGUAAUAACUAAAGGAUGAUUUAUUACAAAAUAUAAUCUUUAACUUGUAUUUACAAGGUAAGAACAAUUUUGAUCCUCCAAUACUUAAAGAAUUCAGGUAUUUGUCAAACAAACAUUAACGUCACCAAGUUUGUAGCUUAACAAAAUUUCCUAUUGUAUUUGCUCGAAAGAUUCUUGGAGUUAAAAUUUCGUUAAUUUAGAAACACGGAUGAUCAAAGAUUAAUUUAUUAAUUAAUUCAUGGGUGAGAAGGGUUAUGGUGGGGAGCUGCUUCGUGUCUUCUCCUAUAUAAGUGUUAGUGUAGUGGCGGGCAGGUGUCAGGGAUGGUUCACCUCCUCAUGAUGUAAGAUGACAAUAUUUACAGGUUUCAUUUAUCAGGUGGAAAUAACACUUUUAGUGAAUUGGAUUCUUUAUAUGUUAUCUAAUGCUGCUGAGAUCUGGGUUUAAGGAAAAUUAUUCUGAUUUCUAGGUAAUGUAUCCAAUAAAAUUCUUUAUUCCCUGUUACUAACCCACCCUCGCAAGUGUGAAAAAUGGCCGUAAAGUGGUGAUUAUAAUGCUGAUGCCAGUUGUAAUAGUUAAUAGAUUCAGUGUAUAAAGAUAUUAGUCUGAAGACAUGUAAACUCUGUAUCCAGUGGAGUAAGUCUAAGUGGUCCCAACACACUAUUAGGCCCUACUCCUUCUGGGCCACAGUCCUGAUGGGUAAGAUAUGGUCCCAGUAAGCCUUAGGUCUAAUAGUUGUAGGACCAAGUUGAUCAGCCACCAAACUAAUUUACCUCCUGUAUGGUUCUUAGUUACAGUGCCAUUAAGUUGCUCUUAUCUGUAUCAGUGAAUGAGGGGGACACACGUUACCAACUGGACCAUCUCUGCCCCUAGCACACCCACUGUGUUCUGUGUUGACAGUGGCUGGAUCCACGUUCUUUUCUAGUUAUUAAGUAUUUCUACCCUAGUUUGAGGAAGGUGAGCCUCCUCCUCAACUCAGACUAUGGUCUUACCCUCUGUAACAAUCUGGUCGUAAAGGAUAGGUCAGGUGCUUUAGUCUUGGACAACUUUCUAAUGAAUCUACUUUUGUAAAUCUCAUUCAUAAAGACUUAGCUAUUUCUUACAAAGUUAAAUUUUGAGGUAAUUAUUCUGAAGUUAACAAAAAUAGUUAAAUAAGUAGUACAUAUAAUGUUGAAACCUCAAUAAGUAACUUUUCUUCACGGUGGAGCUGGUGAGUCGCAGUAACACCUAAAGUUGUUAAAAUAUUUGCAGUUUGACAAAAUGAGUGGUAGAAGGGAACAUAGCAUUAUCUCUCAAAGAACAUCAUGUGUUACCUCUUUGAAACAUUGCAUAAUGAAGAUAUACAACUGAAAUUGUUCAAAAACAGCACGAGACUGACAGUAGAGAUGUGUAAGAUAAAUGUUUACAACACGCACAAGACCCCUCGACUAAGUGAGGUCAGAGAUAUACCCCCGGUGUAUUCAAAAUAAACAAAGGAAACUGGUAUUCCUGUUAUAUAAACCUGUGUGUUGUGUUUCCCUUCGGUUGUUAAGCUGCCACAAAAGAAACCAUUUGGGAGUAAAUAUUUCAUGUAAUACA